AUGUCACCCUCCGGAAAGCGUGACGCGGUCACUGCUUUCAACGGUACGACCGAUGGUACUAGUCGUCCGAGGAAGAGGCAGAGAAGCCGCAGGAGCCUGAAAAACCAGGAAAAGAUCCCCCUAACGCCUGUCCAAGAUGAAAAACCCAAGGACCCAUCUCCUGCUUUCGAAAAGACGGAGGCGCUAGAGCAGCUGGAAAUUACACCACAGGAGACCGUGAAUGGCUUGAGCCGAAAGGAGAACGAGAAGGCGCUGCCGCAGGAACACAAGCAAAAACGUGCUGCAAAGCAACAAGCCAGACAAGAGCGACGGAAGAAAAUCAAAGCCGCUCCGAACGAGGUGACAGAGCAGCCCCCAUCUCUCGAACUUCAGGAGAUACGCUCACCAGAUACCGCAAUUGAGAAUGGCACGCAGAAAAACUCGGAUAUGGCGCUCCAAGCAGCUAGACAAACACCUUCGACGUCAUCGACUUCGCAGGAACGGGCAUUAGAAUUGUCCAAGAGGCUGAAGGAACGCGACGAGUUGCUCAAGCAGAAACGGAGCGACGCUGCCUCCAAAAAAUUGGCAGAAUUACCCAGGCAAGUCCUUGGGAAACAUGUGGUAGAGACAAAGCAACCAUCUCCCAAACGAGUCAGAGACACAAGGAAGAAGCUCAAGCCAGUGGUGAAGCCACGACGGGAGAGGCCACAAAAGGCGAAGGUCAACAAAGACGAAUGGUCGGUUGCCACUACCAGAGGCGGCAUAUUCAUCGACCAAGAUCCUCUUCUGACGGAUGACGACCAGCACCUGAUCCUCCCAACACAUUCGGAGAUUCAAGUCUAUUCUACCAAGACGUCCCUUCGCGUCCGCAGUCUUCGACUUGACUCGAAGUCGAAUAUCACUUCUUGCUCUCUUUCGACAUGCGACCGGAACAAAUUGUACGUCUCCUGUUCGAACGGACUGAUCUCUCUUUGGGAUUGGACUAGUGGCACAAGAUUAGCGGAGUUCAACAGCGGCAAGUGUGCGCGCCAAAUUCUUCCUUUGCAGUCUCAGGAAGCAGAUGAAGCAGUCCUACUCCUCCAAGACGAUGGCCCAGGGACUAAAAACCUCGUCGUCUAUCUCGUCAAUACAUCAAGGGGCACAUUUUCCGAAAAGCAGACGGUGCUCCGAGGAUCAGCCUUCUCACCUUGUGUAAGAUCCUAUGGUCACGGACGUGUCCUUGUCGCAUGUGUCGCCGACAGACUCCUAGUUGGCCAGUCACAACAUACGGAGGACCAAUACUUGGAGUUCUCUUACACAUGGAGAGAACUCACCACGCCGGGACCCGUCACUAGUUUCGACGCGCAGCUCAAAUCGGGCAAGUCCAAGACGUCGCGAAAAGUGCCCUACCUUGAUGUGGCUGUUGGUCUCAACGAUGGGGUCAUCAUGCACUACGAAGACAUCCUCUUCAAGCUCAUCGGGAUGGAGAAGAAGAACAAGACCAGUGCCGGAGACAUCACUGCGCGCAGGCUUCACUGGCACAGGACGGCCGUUAACACUGUGAAAUGGUCACGAGACGGGAAUUACAUCAUCUCUGGGGGCAAUGAGACCGUCCUCGUCAUCUGGCAGUUAGAUUCGAACCGGAGACAGUACCUACCGCAUCUGUCCACGCCGAUUCUGAACCUCACCGUCUCUGCCGUUGGUUCGGCUUACGGUCUUCGCCUGGCCGACAACUCGGUGAUGAUCCUCUCAACAGCGGAUCUGCUACCGUCUACGAACGUCACUGGCCUCGCACUGGGCCAGCCUUCUCAGACUUCCUCCACACUCCUCCUCCAUCCCCGUACGCCUAAUCGUCUCCUCGCGGCCAUCUCGUGUGAUUCCUUCCACAGCAAGCUUCCUACAUUUCUGCAAGUCUACGACCUCGAUUCGUCUCUGCAGCUGACCCGCCAAGCCCUGACACGAAACAUGGUCACAGCCUCGAAUGUGGCGCCAUCUGGUCUACCCGUAAGGGAGCCCAGCGUUACGUGUAUGGAUCUCAGCCAUGAUGGGAAAUGGCUCGCCACGAUUGACCAGUGGACGCCUCAUGAACAAGAUCUUGAGACCAUGUAUGUCAACUCUGACGACAAGGCCCUCCGUGGUAGAGCGAUUGAGACGAAUCUGCGCAUCUGGCUAUGGAACGAGUCCUCCGACAAUUUCGAACAAGUUACUCGAAUCGACGAGCCUCAUAAAGCGGGACCAAAUUCCGUGCUCGGUUUGCACUUUAACCCUGCGAGGCUCGAACUCGCGACAAUAGGAGCAGAUGGGAACGUCCGUAUCUGGACAGCGAAAGCACGUCAUAGAAACGGCAUCGCCGUGCGCAAUAACGCGAACGACCAGCUAUACACGUGGACAAGUUCUCGAGCCGUCCAUUGCAAUGACAACGCCUUAUCCGAGGCUGAGCCCGCAACGUCCGCAGCACUCGCUUACGGCGAAGACGGCUCUGUCAUAGCUGCUUCCUGGUCGUUUCCUAUACCCGCCGCACACUCCGCUAUAAAAUCCACGACGCAUACACGCUUCGUCCACCUGAUUGAUCCCUCUUCCGGGAGCAUCGCAUUUUCUGCUCCGUCCCUCCUGUCGGCUGGGUAUGCGAAACUCCUCUUCAAUGGUCGCUAUCUCCUCGCUUUGUCGUCAAAGCUUGGGAUCUUCGACACCAUACUGUGUGAGGAAGUACCAUCCUCACUCGAGCUUGGAGAGGCGUACACUCCGCCAAAGAGCAACGCGCCGAUAUUUCUGGCCCGAAACAAAUAUGAUGGAACUGUUGCAGUUGGGGUAGGGAAGAGUGAGAGGCCUCGAGGAUAUAAAGUCUCGGUCUUGGAGUUCAACGACAUCACUGCCGGAGGAAUGCCUGCGGAUGCAGGGGCAGGAGUAGGAGUGAGCGUGAAAGUCGUGUAUCAAGGGCAAUUCACCGGGGUGUUGAAAGGUUUACUCGCCCUGACCAGCGGAGCAGGGUUCUUGAUGAUUGAUGAACGUAAUCAGACAAGGGUAUUAAGACAGACUGGCUCCGCGAAGGAGGCAUUGACGGUCACACGAAGUGUCGGCGGAAGAAGGGGAGCCGAGACCGAGGAGGUAACAAGGAGCUUGGACUCGAUCUUUGGUCGCCGACCUGUUCCCGCAGUUGCAAUUGACGGAGCAGAUCCUGCGAGAGGCCUCUUGGCGGCGCCGGAAGAGACGACGGCGAAGCAGAUGCAGAAGCAGAUGCAAGUGCAGCCACAGACUGAGAUGGUGGAAGGAGGAUUGGAUGCCGUCCUGCGCUUCCCUUCGUCAGCCAUGGCGCCCAGUCCGGCAGAGCUGUUCCAGCGUGUCGUCAGUGUCAUGGCACGUGGUUGA